AUGCAUACCAAGGCCUCCCUGGCAAUCGCUGCCUCUAUCAUGGCAGGGCUGGCCAACUCGGCCGCCAUUGAGUUGGACCAACGAGCAGUGACCUGCUCGACCGACGUGCUCUCCCGCCUGAUGGCAGCUCUUCCGGCCUACGCAGCCCCAUUCUGCAAGGCUGCCGUUAAUAUCCCACCAAAGACGCCAACCGCUACCAUUACGGUUGCGCCCACUGUCACCGUAGGAGCCACCGCCUACUCGACUGUAUACGUCACGGACAAGACGCAGACCACUACCAUUGUCGUGAACGGCAAGCGUGACAUCCACUACCGCAGCGAACACGUUCACGAGCUUGACGAGCGAGCCAUGCUCAAGGACCGGGCCCUGCUCGACUUCGCGGCCUUUGCCUCCGCGGCACAUGUCGCCCUGGGCGUCCCUGCCGUGUCCGCUGCAUGCUCGUGCUUCUCGUCGGCGUGGACAGCGCCGACAGUCACCACCACCGUUGCCGGCAAGACAGCGGUGACAAUCUCUACCGCCAAGACGACCCUGCCUACGACCGUGACGGUCAAGGGCGUCACAGUCACAUCCACCAGCAAGGGUUUCGUGGCGACCUCGACCUCGUCCACCACGAGCAAGCCUUCGACGACGACGACGAGCACCACCCCCAAGCUGUCAUCCACGACCCCGGCCUCGUCGUCCAUCAUCACCUCGGUGCUGAGCGUCAGCUCCUCCUUUGUGCCUGUUAGCACCAUCACCAACAGCGCGGAGCUGUCGAGCAUCAACUCCAUCGUCUCGUCCAUCCUGUCCAAUACCGCAUCUUCGACACCUUCUUCUGCCGUUCCAUCGGUUGCCGUGUCUAGCUCGGAUGUCUCGAGCUCGUCGACUGCAGCUGCCAGCUCAUCUACUGCUGUGAGCUCCGCAGCGUCAAGCUCGUCCUUGGCAUCGAGUGCCGAUUCCUCGCUGUCGUCCUCGGUAGUGAGCACCACGGCAUCCGCCUCGUCGUCCUCCAGCGACGCCAGCUCCCUGGCCUCGUCCACCGCGCCCAGCGUGGUGUCAUCCACUGCUUCCAGCCUUUCAUCUACAGUUCCCGACCUUUCCUCCACCACCCUCAGUCAAUCUUCCACUACCCCAAGCGUGGUAUCCGACAAACUCUCAACCUCGAGCACCCUGCCCUCCAGCGACAUCUCCUCCAGCCAGUCCACAAUCACCUUCUCCCCAACAUCCACCGACCUCCCAAGCAGCACCCUCUCCACCUCAUCAGUGACCCCCUCCUCGACCUCCUCGGGCCACGUCUGCGGCGUAGACCUGCAAGCCUACAACUACGCCACGCCCGCCAACGCCGACACGUACAACGGGUGCAACCCGGACUCGGCGACCCACUUCAGCGCGUGCCACUCGGAUGUCAACGGCACGGCUGUGUGCAGCUCGUGCGGCAAGUGCGGGACCAGCACCGCCAUGUGCAAGUCCGACGCCGAGUGCGGCGCCGGCGAGGCGUGUCUCACCGGGACGGCGUGCAACGGCGGCGCGGCGGCUUGUUUGCCCAUCAAUGAUAACUGCUAUGGGACGAGUCAGUAA